CGACAUUCGACUGCUUUUUACCAGAAUUUGCCCACCUCUCUACCUUCAUAUCUGAGUCUAUUCCAUUCAUUAUACAAACGAAGGCACACGUCAGGUCAUAGUCUACGUCGCUGAGCAUGUUUUACGCAACUCAUUGAAAAGGCCACGUUGGCCCAAGCCAAUCAUUCAUCCAGACCCCGAAUAUCCGUUACAUUCCGUUCGGUGUCUUGAUAUUCUGGUCCCCGACAACCCAAUAACAAGUAUCAAACCAGAUCAGAUCAGCCCUUCAUCUAUCGAUCAGCUGCAGCCAUCCUGAGUCAACAAGUACUGUACGAGGUCAGCUGCUUCAAGCGUCAUAUAAAGUAUCUACGAAAGGGUCAAUGUGUAAGUCGAAGGCAACGCUCUUCUUGCCAUGAUCAUUCUGGAAUCCCUAGCCGUCGACCCUGAACCUCAACCUCCAUUACUUGCAUGAAGGCUCGUGUCUGCCUUGACAGGUUCUGCAGACAAUCACCUCGCGUAACAUCCCGGUAAGAAGGUUUUCUUAUCUGGCAAGAAGACGCACACCGCCAGACGCAUGGUUGCUUGACUUGACCUACUUCGGACGGCCACAUAUAUUUCAAUCGCCCAAUCUCUCCUUGUUCUUUUUCUAAGAUACCCAUCUCACUCUCUUUUCUUUUUCAUCCUCAUUCUCAACACAAUAAUACAUCGGCCUCCUCCAAAACAUGUUAGCCCACCCACCACACGCCAUCAGCAACGAGAACCAACUGGUGGAUGCAUAUCCGCCGAAAGCUUGUGCAACACAGCAAUCUCACCGCGACAAUACGUCGAAUGAUUUUCACCGUCUCGUCCGUGCCCUCUCAGACGUCCUAGGUCCAUCGUCGGGCAUCAACUCAGAAGAUGUUGACGAGAACGACCUUAUCCGGCUGAUGGAGGAGUACGACUCCCAGGAGGGCGACUGGGGCCGGUAUGCCUUCUCCGACCCAAGCCGAAACUAUACUCGAAAUCUUGUGGACGAAGGGAAUGGCAAGUCCAACCUUCUGCUCCUUGUCUGGAAUCCUUGCAAAUCUAGUCCGAUCCACGAUCAUGCCGAUGCGCACUGCGUCAUGAAGGUCCUCAAAGGCAAUCUCAAGGAGACCUUGUAUUCGGUGCCGCCAGGUCAAAGCGACAGUGACUGCAGUUCUUCCGGUUCCGCCACGCCGCCACAAAUUGUCAAGGAGACGUUGUAUCACGAGAAUCAAGUCACAUAUAUUUCAGACAAGAUUGGCGUCCACAAAAUCUCCAACCCGUCACUUACCGAGGUGGCUAUAUCUCUGCAUCUGUACACGCCUCCCCAUGCAGCCCACUACGGUUUCAACGUAUUUGACGAGAAGACUGGAAAACCGACCCAUAUUCAACAAGCCGGGUUCUUCUCUGAUCGAGGCAAGGUGAUUGAGAAGUGCAAGUUUGGUUCGUUCUAGGUGUUCCUUUUGCAUUGCACGCUCGUCACGGCUCUUGUGAAGCCUGAUAAUUAUGAGGUGUUCAGGAAGGUCAUUGGCGUACACAAUAUUGUGUGAGGGGGAAGCAUGAGUGCGAACAAAGCCCUGAUAUGGAGUAAUAAUGCGGUUCAAUCCCCUGAGGUUUUUGGACUUGUCAUCUGGUUUUCAACACGUCAGGGAUUCGUGUGGUUGGAGUAGGGUACGGCGAUGGAAAUGCUCUUUCGGUUUUUAAAACAGAUACCCAGAAGCUCAAGUCGUCCCCUCAAUAUAUGGGACGCAAAACUACAGUCUAUCAAAACCAAAAAAAUUUGAAUCGUAUUCCCGUUUCUCCUACAACGGCUGCCCUUCUGCUUACUGAGCACGCGCGGAUACGACGAAUUGAGCAGAUAGCCAGACA